AUGCGUUCACGUGGCAAGUUGCUGCUUCUUGACAGAAUGCUCCAACAUAUCAAGAUUCAAGGUCUUAGAGUUCUUAUUCUUUCGCAGUCUGGUGGUGGAUCUGGCAACCCUAUGGGUGACAUUUUGGAUGACUUUGUUCGUCAGAGAUUUGGUUACGAGUCAUAUGAACGUGUGGAACGUGGAUUGCUACUGCAAAAGAAACAGACAGCAAUGAAUAUGUUCAAUGACUGGAAUCCCAUGAAUGACUUGAGAGCCCUUCAGAAGCUUUGGAGUUUUUAUCAAAAUUACUCGAUCAGCAAGGUUGAACUCAGCACUGAACCAGGCAAUGCAGCCAUAUCACAAGCUUAUCUACGUGGAUCUUUCUAUUCUAGAGCUAUUGUUGUAGCUGGUGAGAGUGAGGGAAUUUCAUCAGUUGAUGGUGAUCUGCCAAAGUUCUGUGCCUACUGGUUAUGCUUACCUAAUAGCGAGUAG